AUGUCGGAAGAGCCACAACAAUACCAUGCUCCUAAUCAAGACAAUACCAUCACAACUGAGCCAGAGACCGCGUCUAUGAAAGAGGCACGGACGAGUCUUUCCACUUUCAACGAUGAUGCGUCGGGCUACCAGAGAGAUAGCAAUGAGUGUACAGAGUUUUGCAUGGACUUGUUUAUUUGCUUUGGUGCAUGUGACGCCUGCUGUCCUCUGUCGGGCGAGGGCUGCUUGAGCAGUUUGGCGGCAUUCGUUGGUAAUCUUUGCUUCGCUUGUUGCAAGUGCUAG